UUGGAGGUGGGCUUACAAAUACACCCCAAGGUCCAAAAAUCCCACCCUAAUAUAUACAAAGCUGUAGCAGCGAGAGCUUCCCGGUUAUUGUUAAUCUCCGUCUCUCUCUCGCGCUCUCUCAAAAGUUAAAAGCACCGGCACCGGAACCAGCAAAGGAGGUACAAGAAGUUAAGAUUUCGGAUAGAGAAAAUGAGUGGAGGUGGAGAGAAAGGGACAGGAACCACAAAAACUCCGGCAGAUUUCCUCAAGUCAAUUCGUGGGCGACCGGUUGUUGUAAAACUGAAUUCUGGUGUUGACUAUCGAGGUAUUCUUGCGUGUCUUGAUGGGUAUAUGAAUAUAGCAAUGGAACAAACCGAAGAAUAUGUCAAUGGACAGUUAAAAAAUAAGUAUGGCGAUGCUUUUAUUCGUGGAAAUAAUGUUCUAUACAUUAGCACGACGAAGAGGAAUGUGGCUGAUGGGGCUUAGUUGUUUUAUGGAGCCAUGUAGAUCAUCUGCUGUCAUGCUUUAUGCAAUUAUGUUGUAAUGUAAGCUUACAUGGGAUCAUGAGAAGGAAAUAGGACUAGUCGACUCGGUACAUUUUUCAGUAUCUAUUUUGGAAUGAAUGAAAGAAAUGAUCUGUUGACUGAUGA